AUGGCAGACGACUGGGAUCUCUAUGCCGUGGUUCGGAGCUGCAAAUCAUCAGCCACCACGGCAUCUUCCAUGGUGAGUACUGCUAAAACGACGUCGUCGGAGGAGGAAGAAAGUAGUAGUAAUAGUACUAAUACUACCCUCUCUUGGUUGGCCUCUUUGACAUUCGAGGAGGAAAACGACCCGUUUUCCUUUCCCAAGCUGGGUGAGCCCAGAAACAAUGCUUUCCAAGAAUUGCAGCAAUUCUUCUUCAAACCGGCCUGCUUUUUCCCCAACCCCACCACCACCACUACUAGCCGUGAUAUUAUUCCAAAUUCCUCCAUUAAUCCCAAUCUUGGAGGAUCUAGUGGCCAACAACAACAUCAUCAUCAUCAUCAUCAUCAUCGUGAGCAGCAAUACAAGCAUCUAAUGCCUCAGAACGGCGUCGUUGGGACUGCUCAAUUGGUCUCACCCCAAUCUGGCUUUGGGGGUAAUUUCCAUGUUGACCAACAACGCCAACCACAAGUGCAGCAGCAGCAACAACAACAACAACAACAACAGAAAGAGCAGAAUAAUCAGCUACUACUACCGCAACAGGUUCAUCAGGCCGGAUUUCAUGCUUCUAAUGGCACUUUCGCUCCCACCACUCUACCUUUACAAAUGCCAUUACCGCCCAACCUUCCAACAAACCCCAGAUCAAGAAAAAGGAAGAAUCAGCUGAAGAAACAAGUGUGUCAAGUAACUGCCGAGAAUCUUAACUCUGACUUAUGGGCUUGGCGCAAAUACGGCCAAAAACCAAUUAAAGGCUCUCCAUACCCAAGGAACUAUUACCGAUGCAGCAGCUCAAAGGGGUGUGCGGCGAGGAAGCAAGUGGAGCGUAGCAACGUGGAUCCUGACCUCUUCAUCGUCACCUACACAGGCGAACAUACUCACCCCCGUCCGGCUCACCGGAACUCCCUCGCCGGAAGCACCAGAGCCAAGACCACCACCGCCACCGCCACAACUACGGCGGCGGUUAGUUCGUGCUCGUCUCCGCAGUCCGGUGCGAGCCAAUCCCCAACGACGCCGCUUUCGACGGCGCAGAUUGCGGACGAGGAGGCGGUGUCGGUGGCGGUAAAGCGGGAUGCGGAGGAGGAGGAGGAGGAUAAUGAGAAGAUCGGCGACGGCGGAGAAGAGUGCUUGGUGGAGGGCGAGGAGGAAGAUAUUGACGAUGAGAAUAUUCUGAUUCCUAACAACAAUAUUAUGGGAUUGACGGAUGAUUUUUUCUAUGGUUUUCAGCAGCUCGGUUAUAGCCCUCCCGGUGCUGCAUGCUGAUCGUCGAGAAGUAGGUGUGCCGUCGCCGGAGCCGCCGUAGCGGUGGCUGUUAGCUAGUUGGUGAGCCGGCAUAGGGUUUUUCAUUUUGUUUAUUAAAAGAAAAGGGGAAAAAAAAAAAGAAUUGAAGAAAGAGAGCUGAGAGAUUCUAAGAUUGUAUAGAAAGAUAUAGAAGGAACCUUUUUACUCUCCA